GUGCCAUUCAUCCUCCCGUGGCAACUCCCGUGUAACUCCCGUGUAACUCCCGUGCCCCCUGUGUAAAACAGCUUGGAGACGUCACAAUUAGGUCACUCACAUUGAUCAGACAUAACAUUUCUCCAUUCUCGGCUCUCCACCUUAAAAAGAGCAUCGUUUUAAACCACGACUCUCGCAGCGUACAAGUCGCCACUUCAAAAACAAAAAGAAAAAAGUAAGAGAUAGAAAAGUGUCCAGUCGCAACAAUGGCCGGCAAGGACAACGAGACCCUCCGCGAAAAGGCGGCCAAGAAACUGCACGGCCCCGGCGCGAACCCGAGCCAGCUCGGCGACCCGAUCAGCCUCAAGAGCGAGACGAGCGAGCGCAUCCCGAAGCCCGAGGAGGCUGGCGCGCACGGGCAGAAGGACGGCAACAACAAGGACGGCUCGCCGUAUGCGCCGCCCGUUGCUCCGCCGCCGCCCACCCAUGAUGCGAAUUGGGACUCGAACACGCCUUCGAAGCAGCGCGAGCUGGAGAACAAGAAGAAGUUGGAGGACAACAAAGCCGGCGGUAGUGGCGGGAAGGCGGCCAAGAAGGGCGGCGAUCCGGCUAGUCUGAAGAAAGAGAUCAGUCAGAAGGCACCGACACCGACGGAGGAGGGUGCCAGUCCUGGGGCGAAGAAGGGCAGGGAGUCGAAGCUUUGAUUUCACUUUGCCUUUUGCUUUGACCUGGGGCUGUCGAAUUUCGUGUUCGCGGUAUCAUGAUAUCAUUAUUGUCCCAGCUGGAGAUGUGCCUUGCAAGGCCUGAGAUGGGAGCCGAACACGUUAUGCUCAUGGAGAUAGGCGCGCAGUCGGAUUCAUGAGCUUCUCAUUCACGUUCACAGAUCAACGAUCAUCCGACCAGUGUAAGUUAAAAGGACAUAGUGCUUGUCGUCAAUUUUCAAGCUGGCAUGACAACUAGAGUAGCAUGGGAAGACUUCUCAAGAUUCUGGAGAGGCUUAACCCUCGGUCCUUGAUAAUGUAUGCCAUUCCUUCCUG